AUUAUAAAUACAUACCGUAAAACCCUAAACUGAAAAAUAUCUUCAAGCAGCUGUCUAGGGUUUUUGCCUCUCUGCCUUCACUCUUAAACCUAGCAGCAGUCUCUCUUCUCAAAUUCGCCAUGGGUAAAAAAUCCGCCACCAAGGUUGACGCAGCACCUGCUGCCAUUAAGGCCACCAAGCCUUUGAAGAAAGGUAAGAGAGAUCCUGAGGAUGAUUUGGAGACCAAAGUGAACCUAAAGAAGCAGAAGAAAGAUGUGAUUGCUGCUGUUCAGAAGGAGAAAGCUGAGAAGAAGGUGCCUAAAAAAGUUGAGAACUCUGACUCUUCUGAUAUCGAGGAAGAAGAAUCUUCAGACGAGGAAGAAGUUGCUGCAGUUGCUAAAAAUGGCUCAGUGAAAGCCAAGGCUGAGAGCUCGUCUGAGGAGGAGGACUCUUCUGAUGAAUCAGAUGAUGAACCUGAGAAACCUGCUGCUAAGAAGGCAGCUCCUGCUACUACCAAGGUUGCUAGCAGUGCUGAUUCAUCCGAGGAAGAUUCUGAUGAGGAAAGUGAAGAUGAAAAACCUGCAGCUAAAAAGGAUAGCAGUAGUGAUGAUUCUGCUUCCGAUGAAUCAGAGAGUGAGGAUGAGAAAGAAACCCCGAAGAAAAAGAACUCUGAUGUUGAAAUGGUGAAUGCUGAGCAGAAACAGCCUAAGACCCCAUCGACUCCUGCUACAGGAGGAUCAAAGACACUCUUUGUGGCCAAUCUCUCAUUCAAUGUUGAAAGAUCAGAUGUUGAGAAUUUCUUCAAAGAUGUUGGUGAAGUUGUUGAUGUCAGAUUUGCCAUGUCAAAAGACGAUGGCAGUUUCAGAGGCUUUGGCCAUGUUGAGUUUGCUACUGCUGAACAAGCACAGAAGGCACUGGAACUUCACGGCACAUCCAUGCUUGGUCGUGAUAUUCGUCUUGAUGUUGCUCAAGAGAGGGGAGAGAGACCCGCAUACACUCCACAGAGCGGUGCCGGUGGUAACUUCAGAAGCGGUGGUGGUGGAGGUCAAUCGGUUUUUGUUAAGGGAUUCGACUCUUCUCUUCCUGAAGAAGACAUCAAGAGCGCAUUGAGUGCGCACUUUGCUUCAUGUGGAGAGAUCACGAGGGUUUCUGUUCCCUGUGACCGUGAAACUGGAGCUUCCAAAGGAAUUGCUUACCUUGAUUUUAAAGACGGCACAGACAAGGCGUUUGAGCUUAAUGGUAGUGACAUGGGAGGUUGGAGUAUUGUUGUUGAUCAACCGAGGGAGAAGAGUAGUGGUGGAUUCGGUGGUGGCGGAAGGAGCGGUGGUGGUCGUUUUGGUAGUGGAAGGGGCGGUGGCAGAGGAAGAGAUGGUGGCCGUGGUCGUGGAAGGGGCGGUGGCAGAGGAAGAGAUGGUGGCCGUGGAUUCAACAAACCUAGUUUCUCAGGUAAGAAGACCACCUUUAACGACUACUAGAAGCUUAUAUGUAGAAGAAAAUGCUCUUCUUAUGUUUUUAACUUAUGAUACUUCACUUCCUUUCUAUUGUUUCAGUUUUGUUUCUGUUCUAGUUAUGUUUUUGUCCGAACCUUCAAUUUUUGUUUGAGUGUUAAAUCAAGCUUAAUCUUGAGUUCUUUUGGUGUUA